AGUAGUGUUGCCGUUUGUCAAAGUUUGUGGACAUCUGUAACGCCAAUCGUCCAUUACAAUCUAAACCAUAAUAACGCCUUGUCCAUCAUAUAGAAAUUCUCCUUUUUAUAUUUUUCUUACAACCUGAGGAGUUUCGUCGACUUAACAGGUGCGCAUUUUCCACUUUGCUUGGCACUCACUUCGCUUUCCAGAUUAUUGUAGUCAAAUUUCAUUGUUAUCAAUAAUUCUGAUUCGUAAAAUUGAAAAUAAAUAAAUAGAAAUCCAAAUUUCAGAUCCGAAUCUUGUUGAAUGUUGAGAUGUCUGAGAAUGACGAGGUUUCGGAUCCGGACCCUACAACCCAAUCAAAUGGCGUUACUGAAUCAAACAUUGAUGAUGAUGAGCAGGUAGAGCGCGUUAAUCGCGAAGGUGGAGUUUUGGGAGACCCGGAAGAUGGAAAAUCUACAGAGGAUGCUGCUAGAGAUGACAUGUUUGUUGAUUGCCCCGACGAGCUAAUCACAUUUGAUGGUAAGCUAAAGGAAGAAGAAGGUGUAGGGACGGAGAAUGAGGAUGAAAACUCGGAGGAAAAUCGAGUUAUGCAUCAACAUCAGCAGAGUCAUUAUGAUGAAUUGGGCAAUGGGGUUCGAGAUGGUUCCCCGACAGGGCAGCAGCAGCUGGAACAGCUGCGCCUUACGCUGGAGAAGGCUGUUGCUGAGAAAGAAAUUAUUGUGCAGGAAUAUCAGGAGGAAAGAGAAACUGUUACGAAAGGAGUGUUUGAUCUUCACUGCCAGCUGAAGGCUCUUACCUGUCAGCAGUCAUUGCCGAAUGAAGCUGAAGUUGGAGUUAGGGAAGUGACAGAUGCCCCGUUGAGGGAGAUGAUAAAAGAAUGUUUGGAGUUUGUGAAAACAGCUUCAGAGGAACGUCCAAACAGUGAAGGCAAGCUUCAUGAACUUCUAUAUGUGAAGGACCGUGAGAUAGAGGAUCUGAGUGCAAAGGUUGCCCAAUUGAUGGUAUCGAAUGAGAGUUUGCAAGUUUCAGCGGAAGCUCAGCUUGAAAAGGACCAUAGUAUUGAUAAUGCAAUAGAGAAUACGAUAUCCAAUCUUGUAACUGUCGUUAAUCAGGAGCCAGGAUUGGAUUAUUCUCUGAGUGGGAAAAUAGUUUUUAUUGAGGAAGGCACUAGGCUUUUAGUUGAAAAAUAUAAUCAGAUGCUUUCUGAAAUUUAUCAACUUGGGCAGUCUUUCUCUGAGGUUGGUUUGGAUACUAGAGCGCAAGAAUAUGGGAACAUACUUGUUGAUGCUCGUGGUGGGUUACUCGAGCUCAAAAGAAACGAAGCAGAAUUGGCUGAAAAACUGUCUCGUUUAGAAGAAGAAAAUCGGAAACUGGUUGAAGAGCUUGACAAGGAAAGGGUGAUGAUAGGGACAUUAAAUACUGAACAUGGAAAUAUGAAAACAGAACUUGAGCAGGAAAAGGUUAAAUGUUCUAAUACCAAAGAAAAGCUUAGUAUGGCUGUGACUAAAGGGAAGGCGUUGGUACAGCAGCGUGAUUCGCUAAAGAAGUCUCUGGCUGAGAAAUGCAGUGAGCUUGAGAAAUGUUUAAUUGAAUUGCAGGAGAAGUCAGUUGCACUAGAAGCUGCUGAACUUGCUAAAGAGCAGUUGGCCCAAACUGAAAAUAUGGUUGCAUCCCUGCAGAAUUCAUUACAACAAAAUAGUACAGUUUUUGAUGAAGUGGAAGAAAUAUUGUCUCGUGCGGGGUCUGAUCAGCCUGAAACAGUUGAUAUGUUAGAGAGACUAAGAUGGCUUGUGGAUGACAGAAAUACACUUAAGGGUUCCUUCCUGGAGUUAUGCAGAUUGAAGGAAACUCUAUCUCCUGUGGACCUACCAGAACCUGUUUCGUCUUCUGAUUUAGAAUCACAAAUGAAUUGGCUUCUAGAUUCUUUUCAUAAGGCCCGGGAUGAUAUGUAUAUUCUGCAGGAAGAGAUUUCUGCAAUCAAGGAAGCAUCCCUUAACUAUAUUGAUCGCUUUAGUAUUUCACUUUUGCUGGAAUCACAGGAAAAAGAUUAUCUUCAGUCAGAAUUAACUGAUUUGAGGUUUAAAUAUGAAGAGCUUGUUCACAAGAACCAUCAGAUUUCUGUGGAAAAGGACCAGAUAGUGAAAAUGUUAGUUGAUUUUUCUGGCCUUAACUUGGAAGAUGAAGGAAUUGAUCAAUUGUCUUCCAGCACUUUGAGAAUCAUUGAUUUAUGCUUUCAUAUUAUGAAAAGAGAGAGUGGUCAAGUUUCUAGAGCGCCUCCUAUUGAUGCGGAGUUGUUUGAAAGGAUUCAAAGUCUCUUAUAUGUUAGGGAUCAGGAGUUAACGCUCUGUGAGGAUCUACUGGAAGAAGAGAUGCUAAUUAAGUCAGAUGUGAACAAGCUGUCAAAUGAGUUGAAAGAGGCUUCUGAGGAAAUUAUAGCAUUGAAAGAAGAAAGAAGUUCUCUGCUGAAUGAUCUUCAACUGGCAGAGGAAAAGACUGCCAUGCUUAGGGACAAGUUAUCCAUGGCAGUUAAGAAAGGAAAGGGGUUGGUUCAAGAUAGGGACAAUCUAAAAGGUCUUCUAAAUGAAAAGAACUCAGAGAUUGAGAAGUUGAAAGUUGAUUUGCAGAAGCAAGAAUCUGUAGUUUCUGAAUACAGGGAAGAGAUCAAUAGAUUGUCAAGUGAUGUGGAUAGCAUCCCAAAGCUUGAGGCCGAUCUUCUGGAAAUUAAAGCGGAAAGGAAUCAGUUUGAACAGUUCUUGAGGGAGAGCAACUGCGUGUUACAGAGAGUGAUGGAAUGUAUUGAUGGUAUUGUUCUUCCAGUUGAACCAGAUUUUGGUGACCCUACAGAAAAGGUAAAAUGGCUUGCUGGUUAUGUGAGUGAUUGCCAAGACGUUAAAGUACGUGUAGAGCAAGAGUUGAAGCUAUUAAAGGAGGAGGCCAUUAUACUUGAAACUAAAUUAGCAGAAGCCCAAGCAACUGUAAACUCCCUUGAACAAAGGUUAUCUUCUUCAGAGGACUGUGUUUCUCAACUUGCUGAAGAAAAGACAGAGUUAGAACAGCUGAAAGAAAAAGUUGAGGAAGAGUUACGGAAAGUUAAAGAAGAUCAUGCUGAAGUUUGUCGUACAAGUAAGUCACUUGAAGAUGCCUUGUCACAGGUAGAAAUAGACAUUUCUGUUCUGUCUAAAGAGAAAGAGCAGGCUCAAGUAGAUAGAAUUACUGCAGAGGCAGAGUUAGAAAAAGCUAAAGACGAAGCAGCCAGGCAGACAAUUGAACUAGCCGAAGCCAGGAGGACCAUAAAGGAUCUAGAAGGUGAAUUAUCUCAGGUUGAGAGUGAGUUCAAGUUAUUGACUGAAAAGUAUGAUGCUGAUCAGGUUGUCAAGAUUGAUAUGGAAAAUGAACUGAAGAAGCUGCGAGAUGAAGAUGAAAAUAAUGCUAGCAAAUUGGUAGGUGCCUUGUCACAGGUAGAAACAGACAUUUCUGUUCUGUCCAAAGAGAAAGAGCAGGCUCAAGUAGAUAGAAUUACUGCAGAGACAGAGUUAGAAAAAGCUAAAGAUGAAGCAGCCAGGCAGACAAUUGAACUAGCCGAAGCCAGGAGGACCAUAAAGGAUCUAGAAGGUGAAUUUUCUCAGGUUGAGAGUGAGUUCAAUUUAUUGACUGAAAAGUACGAUGCUGAUCAAGUUGUCAAGAUUGAUAUGGAAAAUGAACUAAAGAAGCUGCGAGAUGAAGCUGAAAAUAAUGCUAGCAAAUUGGUAGGUGCCUCUGCAACUGUAAGAUCACUAGAAGAUGCAUUGUUGAAGGCACAAAAUGAUAUUUCUGCCCUAGAAGAUGCAAAUAAAAUUGCAAAACAGGAGAUAUCUUCACUUGGUUCAAAGUUAAAUACAUACAUCGCAGAGUUAGCUGGAAAGAAUGGCAGUUUAGAGAACAAGUCCCUUGAGCUCAUUGGACUCCUUAAUGAUCUUCAGGUGCUUAUGACAGACAAUACUCUAUUUCCUAGAAUAAAACAAUGCUUUGAGAGGAAAUGUGAGACCCUGAAGAAUAUGGAACUCAUUCUGGACAAAUUAAGACACCAUGUCGCCAUGGCUGCUAAGGAUUCAGAAGGACACCUUAUGAAAGAGGAAGAUCCACAUGUGAGAAAAGCAUUUUUUGAUGGCCUUGAAGAAGUUGAAGUCGAACUGGACAACAGAGAGAUUAAUGGCACUGAUAUUGACACCAUAAUCUCAUCAUUUGGAAAGAUUGUGAAAGGAUUUCAGUUGAGAAACAAACACAUUGCAGAUAAGUUUGAUGAAUUUUUUGAUUAUAUUGAUGAGUUUAUUUCUCCUCUCCAUGAAAAGUUACUGGAAAUAGAGACCAACAUGAUGAAUAUUGUUGAGCAAAUGGAAACUAUGAAAGAAAAAGAAAAUAUCAUGGGGAAGUUGAAAGAAGAAAAAGAAAAUAUUUUUGCUACUUUAGAAAAUGAUAUCAGUGUAUUGGUGUCUGCAUGCACUUGCUCUACUGAUGAACUUCAGAAUGAAGUUGACAAGAAUCUUGGGCAACUAGUCUCCAUUUCUGAGAUUGAAAAGAUAAACCAGGAAGCAAAUGCACAAAUAGAGCAUCAUACGAACAGCAAAUAUGCAGAAGCCUCACAAAAGUUGAUAAAUGCUUCUAAAAAAGUUCAAACUUUGAUUAGACAGUUCGAAGUCAAAAGUGACCAGGUAGCUACAACAAUUGCAGAUUUGCAGAAUAAAUUGAAUGAAACAACUGUUGGUCUUGAAUCAGUCACAGAUGAGAGAGACUUCAAUAAAAACAGAGUUUUGCAACUGGAGUCUGAUAUCCACUUACUCCAAAGUACUUGCAAUGAGCUUAAGGAUAAGUUAGAGGGCUAUCAUGCCCUAGAAGAAAAAUUGAAGGAAAAAGAGGCAGAGAUUUCGUCAAUGUACAGUGCUCAGUUGGCAAAAGAAGAAAGCUCCCUCCUUUCAGCAUCUCAGGUGCGAGAUCUCUUUUACAAGUUAGAUAGGAUCAAAAUCCCUAUUUUGGAGUCUGAAGAAGAUGAUGUGGAACCGUAUACUUCAGACCCUGUGAAGAAGCUCUUUUAUGUUGUUGAUAGUGUUACUAGGUUGCAUCAUCAAAUAAACUCUUCCUCUCAUGAUAAAAAAGAGAUGCAAUCAAUCCUCGAAACCAGGGCUCUUGAAAUUAAGGAUCUGAAGGAGGAAGUCAGACAACUCACCAGAAACUGUGAAGACUCAAGAAUGGUCAAGAAUGAAAUGUCCGAGCUCACCGUUGUUAUAGAAAAAAUCAUUGAUACUUUGGCAGCCAACAAUUGGGAUGUAGAUAGAAAUCCUAAAGGUGCGAAGGAGUUAAUACCAGCAUUGGAAAAACAUAUCAGUACCAUUCUUUCAGAAUCUGAAAAUUCAAGAUCCAAGGCCCAGGAACUAGGUCUUAAGUUAGUUGGAAGUCAGAAGGUUAUUGAUGAACUAACAACCAAGGUUAAAUUACUUGAAGAUUCCCUUCAGGAUAGGAUUUCUCAGCCAGAUAUUGUCCAGGAAAGGAGUAUAUUUGAAGCAUCCUCAUUACCUGCUGGGUCUGAGAUAACUGAAGUUGAAGAGGGAUCACUUGGCAAGAAAGCUGUCGCUCCUGCCCCAUUGUCUGCUCAUGUGCGAAAUAUGCGAAAAGGAUCUACUGAUCAUCUUGCACUUGAUAUUAAUGUGGAGUCUGAUCCUUUAGUUAGCAGUACAGAUACUGAUGAUGAUAAAGGUCAUGUAUUCAAGUCGCUGAACACUUCUGGUUUUGUACCAAAACAAGGAAAAGUAAUUGCAGAUCGUAUUGAUGGAAUCUGGGUAUCUGGUAGUCGGGUUCUGAUGAGUCGUCCCAGAGCAAGAUUAGGAAUCAUUGGUUAUUUGCUCAUCAUGCAUUUAUGGCUACUGGGGGCGAUCUUGUAGAAAAGAUGUGAUCAAACUUGACACUGAAUGAAUGUCCUGCAUCUGCAAAUUGUAUUGUAGAUAUAAAUUCACCCCUUUUAUUCUUGCCUCGCUUCUUAAUGAAGCCUAACCUGUUUUUCUUUAGCUCAGCAAAACCCCUGUUAGUUCUCUGCAAUCACAUUUUAGGGAUUCAGAGGUGUUCUCUAGUCUUCAAAGUUUGGGCUCAUUUUUUGACAGCCUUCAUUUUGUUUUUUUGUUACUGAAUGAAGUCCUUCCAUUGUAUUGGCAAGGGCCUAUAAUUGUUUCAAUAUUAUGUGGUAGGUAGGAAAUAGGGAGAUGGAUUUUUUUUUACUUGAGUAUAAUAAAACUGUAGAAUUUUUUUUA